AUGGUUCAUUCCAAUGAAUAUACCAUCGAUGAAAAUAUUGAUCAUGAACAUAAUAUUAGCCAAUGUCAUCCACGUCUAACAACGUUAAAAGAAAUUCGAGAAAUAUUAGAUAAACAUCCAUGCAUCCAAUUUGAAAAUUAUAAUCAAAAUCAAAAUCAAAAUCAAAAUCAAAAUCGAAGACAGAAACGAUGGCUUGGUGGUGGUGACGAGACUAAAAAUCACAUAAAUGCUAUUUACGGAAAAAUUACCGAACAUCAUGAUAUGAUAAAUGUUCUUACGAACAGUUCGAUUAAUACUACUAUUAUGUUAAAUACAAUUCGAGAUCAUCAUGCAUAUACAUUACCAAAUCUGUCAAGUUGGAGAGAUUUGACACAAAUAUUUUUAGUUAUCGUUAUUCUACUUACUUUUAUGCAUUUUUUAUUUUGUCGAUCAAAUGUAAAACUUGAACAACAACAACUUCAAGAACUUAUGCAAAAACAACAACAGCAGUUAAAUCGACUUGAACAACAAUUCGACGAAUUCAAAGCAAGAGAUUUAGCCAAUCAAAGAACAAUACAUCGUCGAAGACAUAUCUAUCCUUCGGUGCCUUCUGUGAAUAGUGAUACGGCUCAUCAUAAUGAUGGUUACAUGUCGGAAUAA